CUGCUGCCAUCCAUUGAAGUCAAAAUGGCUGAGGUGACCCCGACCUCUUGAGAUCGCGUCUGGAGAGUGACUAGUAUUCUGCCAGCUUCGGAAACAAGAGGGAGAACAAGCCUAGCAGAGGCAUCAUGGCUGCCCUCCGGCCUCUGGUGAAGCCCAAGAUCGUCAAAAAGAGGACCAAGAAGUUCAUCCGGCACCAGUCAGACCGAUAUGUCAAGAUUAAGCGAAACUGGCGGAAACCCAGAGGUAUUGACAACAGGGUGCGGAGAAGAUUCAAGGGCCAGAUCCUGAUGCCCAACAUUGGUUAUGGGAGCAACAAGAAAACCAAGCACAUGCUGCCUAGCGGCUUCCGGAAGUUUCUGGUCCACAACGUCAAGGAGCUGGAGGUGCUGCUGAUGUGCAACAAGUCUUACUGUGCUGAGAUUGCUCACAAUGUUUCCUCCAAGAACCGAAAAGCCAUCGUGGAAAGAGCAGCACAGCUGGCCAUCAGAGUCACCAAUCCCAACGCCAGGCUGCGCAGCGAAGAGAAUGAGUAGAUGGCUUGCGUGCACGUUUUGUGUUUAAAUAAAACCACAAAAACUGCCGACUUGGUAUUUUC